AGCCACGGUCUCGGCCCAGUGGGAGUAGCGGACCUUUUUGCUCCGGGCGAUGUCACGGGCGGCGUUUAAUUCCUUGGGAGAAGAUGACGAGGAUGAUCCGUCCAAGCACGAGUGCCGAGCCAAAAUGAACCAAGGGGAGGCUGUCUUCAAUUUUAAGCAGAAGAAUUUGCAGACCGACAUGGAAAUGUGGUUCAUGGAAGCGAUCCCGGCCGUCUUUGGCGUAGAGGAUUCCGAUGAGCUUGAUGAAUCCUUACAAGAGGAUGCUCAGGCUGACAUCGUGGAAAAGAUUUGUUCAACAAGCAACACCGAGGAAUCGAGGCAGACUUUGUUGACAUGGCUAGCACAAUGUCCAGAUGCUGCAAGGCGUGAUGACUUUGUUGGCAAAGCAGUGUCCAAGGCUUUGAAGGUUUAUUUGGCCGGCAGACGGUGAUGCAGAUUUGACAUCGACGUUUCACGUGGCACAAAGAUUGCACGUAGCUGCUAUAGCUUCACGCGGCAGCAGUCCGAAGUUCAACAGAGUAGACUCCGCGUAGUAGUGCUGCCGAA